AUGAAAGCGGCGUGCAUCAUACUGACGAUAAUCAUCUUCGUCGCCAUCAUGGCUGUCUGCGUGAUGGUGAAGUUUGCCACGGAUAUUACGGUGGAGGAAAGGAAGAGGGACUUUUUGCCGGGAGCGGGAGUGUACCAGGUAGCUAAAUCCAUAGCUGUGAUAGCGUUGAACGAGAACAAGAGCCUGCCUAUAGCUGAAAGAUAUCCCUACGUGGCUGCCAUAGCAAGGAACUCAUCUUCUUCAUGGGCUUUUUCUUGCUUCGCGAGUGUAGUGCUUGUGAAAUGGGUGGUGACGUCUGCGCACUGCAGGCGGAGGGACGCCGCUCACAGAGUGCUGCUGCUGUACGACUUCACAAGAAACUUCAGCCGUUCCUUCCCCAUCCUGUACUGGCGUAUUAACGAGAAAUUCAAUAUAAAUAGUACAAUACCGCUGUACGAUAUAGCGGUCGCCAAAUUCAAUAUAGACGACUACCCGUACGCGAUCAAACCUUCGACAUUCGAUGACCGAGCGGUGACGGAGUGCGAGGCUAGUAUUUGGAAGACGGUGUCAGCUAUGGACAAGAGAGUCUUCCUUAUUAAUGACUUCGACAGCUUCGAAAUGAGGAUCGCUUCUCCGAACAGGUGCUAUGAGAGUUACGGGAUUCAGGUUGACGAGAGCAUGAUAUGCAUUGACAUGUCGGAUUACGACGACUGCUUCAUCCACGAGUUCGGACCCCUCUUCAACGGAGACAAGCUGGUCGGAGUGCUGGCCGUGAAGCCGAGGGACUGUGAAGUGAAGUACGCCAUAUUCACCAACGUAUCCUACUUCGCGACCUGGAUAUUGAAGCUGACCCACACCGCCUUCCACGGCUGA